UUCGCAAACAGGAGCGUUAUCCAUUGCUCAACAACUUCACAAUCAGCAUUUGGAGGCUAUCGUGGAAGAUGUCGGACAAGCUGGACUUGGACCUUGACGUUGCGCACCUCGUCAAUGUCGAAUCUGAAGUUUUGACAGCUCUGCGGGUUGGCCAGCGGUUAAAGGUCUCGCGUCUUGAUGAAGGGGAGGCCCUGUUCCUAUGCACAGAGGCUGGUGUUAAGCUCGCACCGUUGCCUGGAGCCUUCUUGGCGGCGAGCUGUGUCAACGCCAAGGUUAUCAUCCGGGCCAUUAAACGGGAGGCUGCAGCUGGGGCCAUUCACAAGUUCCAAGUGCGGAUGUAUCGAGGGGAGGAUGCAGGCGUUCUAGAAGACGGUUGUGGCAGCGUCGCGGCUGGUGCUGGUGCUGGCACCGCAAGGAUGGGCGAAGCGGCUUCUGGAGAUGCCCAGGCCGGCAGCACAGCAGACGAUGAACAAGAUUACAAGCUACGGCGAUCGCAGUACCAGGCGCUAGCGGACAACGAGGAGCUGCGGAAUAUGCUGGCGGACCCUCAUCUGCGGGAUCUCCUCACCAGGAUCGACACAGCCCCAGACAGAGAGCGGGUGCUCAUGAGCUUGGACCCAACAAAGGUGCCAGCCACAGCUGCUACAGCUGCUGCGGUCGCCAUGGCAACGCGAUAG